AUGGCGGAUGAUCGCUCGAGGCAACAGCUCAUCAACCGCCGUACGACCCUCAUCGCUGCACUGGGACGAGCCGAGCAGUUCGUCGAGAAGUACGAGGCGGAACGGGACCAAGGCCAGGUGAAACUGCGACUCGAGAACCUCGAUACCGUGUGGAUGGGACUGGAGGAUGUGCAGACCCAGCUCGAGGACAUGGAAGUAACCAAUCAAGGUAUGGCACAGAACCUAGCUUUCCGUUCCCACAACGAAACCCGCUACUUCCAAAUCAAGGCUGCUCUCCAAUCUUUCCUCCCCAAUGUACCUACAUCUACUAGCGCAAUUCCCCAACCGUCUCUCUCCGGGCUCUCCGGUAUCAAGUUGCCAACCAUCACCUUGCCGGAAUUCGACGGUGACUAUAACAAUUGGCUAGCAUUCCACGACACUUUCGUUGCCCUCAUUCAUUCUAAUCCCGAAGUUCACGACAUUCAGAAAUUCCACUACCUUCGCGCUGCUCUGAAAGGGGAAGCAGCUCAACUCAUUGAGUCGAUCGGUAUCAGCUCCGCCAACUACACCAUUGCAUGGCAAACACUCGUCUCUCGCUAUGCUAAUGACUACCUUCUGAAGAAACGUCACCUACAAGCCCUUCUCGACUGCCCCCGAAUGAAGAAAGAAUCCGCCGCCGCACUGCAUUCUGUCGUUGACGAGUUUGAGCGCCACACCAAAACCCUCCGCCAACUUGGUGAGCCAAUCGACUCGUGGAGCACUAUGUUGGAGCAUCUUCUAUGCCUCCGACUCGACGACGCUACACAAAAAGCUUGGGAAGACUUCGCUACAACCACCGACAACCCCGACUAUGCUUGUCUUAUCGAGUUCCUCCAACGUCGCAUCAGGGUGCUGGAAUCCAUGUCUGUGAACCACCAAGCACAGCCAGCAUCGAAUCACCAACCACCAAUGUUUCGUCGUCAAUCGUUCCACAAAACCGUUUCCCAUGCUGUAACCGAAGCCACCCCUCGAAAAUGCCACUCCUGCGAUCAACAUCACCCACUCUUCCAAUGCCCGAAAUUCGAGAAAAUGUCCACUGCCGAACGACUGCAAGUUGUGAAUGAACAUCAUCUCUGCCACAAUUGUUUUCGCCAAGACCACCUCGCUCGCAAUUCAUCAUGCUCAACGAAGCCCAUCACGAAGCAGGUAGCCAUAACAAACAACAGCAAACGAUCACCCACAUCCACGAAUGCUGUCACUACUCAGACAACCAAUUCGUCCCAAACAUCGAACGCGAAUGUUUUGUUGUCGACGGUCGUGUUGAUGGUAAUUGAUUGCAAUGGGCAAGCGCAUCCCGCCCGAGCAUUAUUGGAUAAUGGCUCGCAAUCCAAUAUUAUCAGCGAUCGGCUAUGCCAACUUCUACGACUGAAGCGGAAAAAGAUCAGCAUCCCUGUGUUCGGUGUCGGUGAGUCCUCCUCCAACGUGAACCACUCCGUCAGUGCCACCAUCCGAUCGCGAACCUCGAACUUCGAAAUCGGAUUAGAUUUUCUGGUCAUGCCCCGUAUUACGAUUGACUUGCCUGUGGUUUCCUCUUCUGCCGAUGACUGGCAUGCCCCCAAAGAUCUGUCCCUAGCCGACCCCACCUUCAACAAGACCGGCGCUAUCGAUAUGCUGCUCGGAGCCGAGCACUUUUUCACCUACAUUAACCCUGGUACCCGAGUCGAAGAAGGUGAAAAUCCCGUCCUUGUUGUUACGGAUAUGGUACAGAAGAAAAGACUCGGUGUGUCUGUUCGUUACAAAGAGCUUUAUUCAACUGAACGGGUCUACACACGCAAGGAGAUAAUAUGA